UGAACACGUGUAAACGGAAAUGCCGGUUAUCGGCAUUUCUCUCCUCUCGAGCUGGCACUGAUGAUCAGUGUGCCCUGAUGAUCAGUGUGGCCCCAGAAGUGCCACCUGUCAGUGUCCAUCAUUGCCAGCUGUCAGUGCUGAACAGUGCCACAUGCCAGUGCCCAUCAGUGCCACAUAUCAGUGCCUACCAGUGCACAUCAAUGCCACAUAUCAGUGCCCAUCUGAGCUGCCUUUCAGUGUCACCCAUCAGAACCAGUCAGUGCCACCUAUCAAAGCCAAUCAGUGCCACCUAUCAGUGCUGCCAAUCAGUG